CAGAGCACCAGCAAGGAUGCCGACCCCCAACUCUUCCAAAGGCUUCCGGCGGGCAGUGUCAGAGCUGGACUCCAAGCAAGCUGAGGCCAUCAUGUCCCCACAGUUCAUUGGGAGGCGGCAAAGCCUCAUUGAAGAUGCCAGAAAGGAGAGAGAAGCUGCCGCUGCUGCCGCUGCUGCCGCUGCUGCUUCUGAAGCUGCAGAAUCAACUGAAACUCUUGUUUUUGAAGAGAAGGAUGGGAUGGCCAUGUUGAACCUUUUAUUCACACUCAAAGGAGCCAAGAUUUCAAUGCCAUCCCGUGCACUAAAAGUAUUUGAGACAUUUGAAGCCAAAAUCCAUCAUCUAGAAACAAGGCCUAGCAAGAAGCUGCGAGAAGGAUCUGGGGAUCUAGAAUACUUUGUGCGAUGUGAACUCCACAGCUCUGACCUGAGCACCCUUGUCAGUUCUCUCAAAAGGGUUUCAGAAGAUGUAAGGAGCACAAAAGAAGACAGCUUUCAUUGGUUUCCAAGAAAAAUCUCUGAGCUUGACAGAUGCCACCAUUUGGAGACCAAAUUUGACCCCGAUUUGGAUCUUGACCACCCGGGAUUCUCUGACCAAGUAUAUCGGCAACGAAGGAAAAUGAUAGCAGAAAUUGCCUUCCACUAUAAGCAUGGUGACCCAAUUCCUCGAGUGGAAUAUACAGCAGAGGAGAUCACCACCUGGAGGGAAGUGUACAGUACCCUGAAGGGUCUCUAUCCCACUCAUGCCUGCAAAGAACAUCUGGAUGCCUUCCAUCUCCUGGAAAGAUACAGCGGUUACAGUGAAAAUAACAUCCCUCAACUGGAGGAUGUCUCCCGCUUCCUAAAAGAGAGAACUGGGUUCCAGCUCCGACCUGUAGCUGGUCUGCUCUCUGCUCGUGACUUCCUCGCCAGUUUGGCUUUCAGGGUAUUUCAGUGCACGCAGUACAUCCGCCACGCAUCCUCUCCUAUGCACUCCCCAGAGCCGGAUUGCUGCCAUGAGCUUCUGGGCCAUGUACCAAUGCUGGCAGACAAGACAUUUGCACAAUUCUCCCAGGACAUUGGACUUGCAUCUUUGGGAGCAACUGAUGAGGAGAUUGAAAAACUUGCAACACUCUAUUGGUUCACCGUGGAGUUUGGCCUCUGCAAACAGAAUGGAAUCAUCAAAGCAUAUGGUGCUGGGCUCCUCUCCUCCUAUGGGGAACUCAUGCACUCUUUGUCAGAAGAACCAGAGCUGCGGGACUUUGACCCUGACGCUACUGCUGUGCAACCCUAUCAAGAUCAGACCUACCAACCCGUUUAUUUUGUAUCAGAGAGCUUCAGUGAUGCCAAAGCUAAACUCAGGGCCUAUGCAGCACGUAUCAAGCGUCCCUUUUCUGUGAAGUAUGAUCCAUACACAUACAGCAUCGAGCUUCUGGACAACCCACAGAUGAUCCGGCAAUCUCUGGAGAAUUGUCUUCUAUGUAUGGAAGAUCACCCCAUUCCUAGACAACUGGGAAAAGAUACACAAAGUUUUAGACUAUUUUCAAAAAUGUGAUGCUCUCUUGUGAUUGAAUUUUGCAUCAGUUUGGCUUCGAUUGGCCCUGGUGCCACACUGGAUCUGAUCCAAUCCAAUCUUUUAAAAAAUAAUAAUAUCCCACAUCACAUUGGAUCCGAUAUUUGCUCUGAUGCAUCUCACAGCCUUCUGCCUAGUUCAGCAGUAUUAAAGUAACAGUAUCAAAAAGUCCUGGAGACUGAGAAAGAAUCAAGCCACCAGUUCAAAUUCUUCAUGUCCUAGAAUGAGACUCAGAAGAGAAAGAGAGAGACAAAGCUUCCUUUUCUGUCUGCCUUUGGUUUUGUUCAUGAUGUUUGUGUGUAUUAAAGCCACAAGGAAUGGAUCUCACUGCUAUUGCUACUGCUGUGUGGGUGGGUCUGUCUGUCUUGCUGCAUAAUGGAGACAUUUAUUUCUCAGUUUUGAGUCAUGCUGCUGCUGAGAUUAUUCAUAAUAAAAUUAUAUUUCUGGUCUAGCA